AGUGGGACGAUGUGGAGAGCUUUCUGCCAGAAAGCGUAUAUAAACCUGGUAACGAAAUACCUAGAGAGUUUGUACCACCUGAAACAAAGGAGGGCGAUACAAUCAAGAUUGGAGUUGGUGAAGUGUUUGAUUUGUCCAAGUUUUGGUAUAUUUAGAUUAUGGAAAUUUGGACAAUCUCAUGGAUGAAUUGCAGGAUUUCUAUGCAACAAAUGCCUCGAUACUCGAUGAAUGAAAGUUUGAUAAGAGAAGGGGUCUACUGUGCAAAAAUUAUUUAUGGAGAGUAUCAUAGGGCAGUCAUUGUUGAUGUUUUACCCGAGGUCAAAGAUAGUAUAAAGGUGUUUCAUUGAUUACGGUACGAUGACCAAAGUACCAAUCAAGGACAUCUGUUUCUUACACGAGAGGUUCGCUGAGCUGCCAGCGCAAGCGAUCCGGUGUCGCUUGGCCGACAUUUGCCCGACACAAGAAUGCGUGCCUUGGAGUCAUGACGCCACUGUAACGUUCAGAAACAUGACCAGGGAUCGAACCAUCGAUGCUAAAGUGGCUAGGAUAAACAGGAAGGAACAAAUUCUGGAAGUGUACCUGAUCGACGUCACCAAUCCAUCCAAGCCAUUUUGCAUCAACACAAGAUUGGUAGAACUUGGACUAGCCACAUACCCCGAUCAGGGCAUCCAGAAAUCAAAUGUAGAUAGCGCGUUUAAGCCAUUAGUGAAAUACAUACAUCUAUUUCCCACAUUUUUGGAACUAGAAACUGGGAUACGCGCCAUCUACGCAAGAAAUGGACAUUUUGUUUAACUGUGGCGUCCCCACACAUUUUUGUUACCCGCAAUAUUAUUCCAUCGACCGUACGGAUGAAAAACAAAAUAUAAUGGAAACGAUAGAAUUUUACGAAAAGAAGUUGAAACGAGGCGUAAAGAGCACUUAUAUCGAUAUGUGUUGUCGCGAAACGAAAGACUUGGACUUGGCUUUCUUCGGAGAACUUCAGGGUGAAAUAGCAGACUUUAUCAAAAACAGUGAUAUGAAUAGUGAGGUUACAGAAGAUGAGGGUUCGGAAGAUAUUUCGAAAAUGUACAAGGAGCUGGAGGACUUGAAGAGAGAAACUGCAGAAAAAGUACAGCAAGAUCUGGCACUUGCUGAGGAUAUCAUGAGGGAGUUAGAUAUUAUAAAAUGUGAGGCAGAAGAGGAUGGCGCUGGACCGUUGGUUUGUGAAUCUGAGGAGAUUGAGGAAGAGAGUUCUGAAUCGACAGUGAAUAGUGCAGAAUUAACAGGCAGUCGUCCCGAGGACCAAGAAGUUUCCGAAAAAACGAAAUUCACGGAUUCGGAGGUAGUUAGUUUACCUGGCGUAGAAGAGGACAUACGGAAUGUUGAUGAAGUGCAUAGUAUUACUGGUAGUAACAGCACAAAUCCGUUUUUAUCUGGUAUGCAUGAAGAAUCUGAAGAAGACAGUGGGCCGAUGGUGCUGAAUCCGAAUAACCCGUUCUUGUCGUACAUAACAGGUAAGUUUCUCUUGUUUGUUAUUUUAAAUUCUACAGAGAAAUCCCUAUAUCACCAACGCUAAGGCGGUCCCAGACACUACGAGCUACGCCGAACAUUCCGUAUUCGCCUACUCGUGGACCGUGUGGGAGAGUUGCUUCGCUUCGCCUUCGCAGUUCGUGGUAGUACGAACUUUUUCUCGCUGAUUGGCGGUAAAAGCUGCUCCUUCGUUAUAUUUAGUCUGAUCAGUGCAGUAUCAAUUUGUAGUAAUGGAGUGGAACAAAGAUCUAGAGAAUUAAUUUUUGGAAAAUUUUUGAUACACUGUUUAUCCUAGUCGUACCUUAAAAAGUUGAAAGUAAAACCUACUUUAAAAAAUGGCGUCAAGUAGAUUGAUUCUAUACUUCCCCCGCGCUUUGACGAGCGGUGUCACGGACAGAAUAUAAGAGAUACCCCCUUCUCCAACCUGCCCCCAC